AAAAUGACCAGGAAUACCAUCUCUAGAAAAUUCAGGGCAUGCUUAUUUGAUAUGGAUGGGUUGCUCAUCAACAGCGAAAGCAAAUACACUGAAGUUACAGACGAGUUACUAGCCAUGUAUGGAAAGGGGCCAUUGACUUGGGAUGUUAAGGUUGAACUUCAGGGAAGACCAGGAAACGAAUCUACUGCGUUUUUGAUCAAGAGCUAUGAUUUACCUAUUUCUCCCCAAGAAGUUUACGAUAUUUCAUUUAAAUUGCAAGAAUCUAAAUGGCCAACAUGUGAAUUUUUGCCAGGAGUCUUACUAUUAUUGAAGAAACUCAAAGAAUCAGGAGUUCCAAUGGCUGUUGCCACUUCUUCUUAUAAAUUAAACUUUCAAAGAAAGACAUCUCAUUUGAAAGAAUUUGAUUUAUUUGAUGGGAAUAUUAUUGCAGGCGAUGACUCAAGAAUAGGCAAAGGAAGAGGAAAACCCAAACCUGAUAUAUGGUUAUUAUCAUUGAAAAUGUUGAAUGAAAAUCUCGGAUUAUUAAAUACAGACAAUAAAAUCAAACCAGAAGAAUGUAUGGUAUUUGAAGAUGGGAAACCUGGUGUUUUGGGUGCCAUUGCAGCUAAUUGUUAUGUUAUAUGGGUCCCUGAUGUUAAUGCUGUUAAAGCAAUUGGAGAGGAAAACGUUUUGAAAAUUAUUGAAGGUAAAGGCGAAGUUCUUCUGAGCAUUAAGGAAUUUGAUUUUAAAAAAUACAACUUUUUUUAAAUUGGAGUUAAUUUCGAAGACUAAAAUUAAAUCCUUUAGCGAAAACUUUGUUUUUCCUUUAAUUAAAUUUUUUUUGUUACAAAUUUACUGGUAGAAAAAGAAAGAAAGAAAAAGAAAAAGAAAAAGAAAAGUUUCUUUAAAAAAGUAAAAUUCUAUUUGCAUUUUUGAUGAUGAC